AUGGCUGCGUCCGCGGCUGCCCCGCCCUCGCUGCUCGACGCCGACAUGGCUGCCCCAAAAUACACGGAGGCCGUCGCGGAGGCCGUCGAGAAAUGCGCCGGCGACACCAAGGGUCAGACGUGCUACAUUUGCACGGAGGCCCUCCACUGGAAAACGAAGGAGGGCCUCGUGCGCAUGUGCGCGUGCCGCGGAACGUCUGGCUUUGCGCACGUGUCGUGCCUCGCGGAGCAGGCGAAGAUUUUGUGUGCCGAGGCCGAGGAGAAUAAUAAAGUGUCGCAGUGGCAUCGGUGGCACACGUGCAGCCUGUGCGAGCAAAAGUACCACGGCGACGUGGCGUGCGCGCUCGGAUGGGCGUGCUGGAAGACGUACUUGGGUCGGCCGGAGGUGGACGAGCUUCGGCGCAUGGGGAUGGAGCAGCUCGGAAACGGUUUAUCCAGGGCAGAGCACUACGAGGAUGCGUUGUCCGUGAUGGAGGCUGAGUUGGCUACGCUGCGGCGACUUGGCGCAUCAGAAGCCAACAUUCUCGGCUUGCAGACCAAUCUUGCGUGCACGUAUGGAGAACUUGGACGCCUUGGAGAGGCCUCAAACAUGUUUCACGACGUGUACUCAGGACGUUUGAAGCUCUAUGGCGAGGAACAUCAAGGGACCCUCCGAGCGGCCCUCAACUGCGCGGCGUCCCUUAAUCAGCAAGAGCGCUUCGAAGAAGCCAAUUCUUUCAUGCGCAAAAUGAUGCCCGUGGCGCGACGCGUUAUCGGCGAGAAUCAUGAAUUCACGCUCAGGAUGAGGUCGAUUUACGCGCGGACGCUCUACGACGACCCCGCCGCCACGCUCGACGAUCUCCGCGAGGCCGUGGCGUUGCUCGAGGACACGGACCGGAUCGCGCGGCGCGUGUUCGGCGGUGCGCACCCGACCACAGCGGGGAUUGAGCGCCAUCUGCGAAACGCGCGAGCAAUGCUCAGCAUCCACGAACACGCGCCAACGUGCGUCGCCAUCUUUGCCGCCGCCGCGCUCGCCCUCGCCGCGGCCUACCUGGCACGUAAAAAACUAA